GACGGACAUGGAUCUGUGGGGAGUUCAUCUGUUAUUGCUCAUAACUUUUGCUUUGUUAGAUGUUAUUCUGGCCGGCACAGACUGUUUGGUGGCUGGAGACUUGUGCUCCAGUGAUGAGACAUGUAGUCCACGUCUACGAACUUUGCGUCAGUGUGUAGCUGGCAACGGCAGCAUGAAGCUCGGUCCAGGCGCCAGAAGCCAGUGUGCCAAUGCAGUGUCCGCCCUACUGUCCAGCCCGUUGCAUGGCUGUCAGUGUAAACGGGGAAUGAAGAAGGAAAAGAACUGCCUGAGCAUCUACUGGAGUCUUCAUCAGUCCAUCAUUCAUGGACUCAACCUUGUGGAGAGUUAUCCCUAUGAGACAGUGCAGAGGGAUUACGAUUAUGUCCGUUUAGCCUCUAUUACAGCAGAUUCGGAUGUUGGCAUGGCGACAGUCAAUCGCUGCCUGGAUGCAGCCAAGGCUUGCAACGUGGACGACUUGUGCCAGAAGCUUCGCACAGAAUAUGUUUCAGCUUGUAUCAAACACACUGCCAAAUCAGGUCUGUGCAACCGGCCAAAAUGCAAUAAGGCCCUGCGCAGGUUCUUUGACCGGGUUCCUGCAGACUACACACACCAGCUGCUCUUCUGCCCCUGCACGGACACAGCAUGCGCAGAGCGUCGGAGGCAGACCAUUGUACCCAGCUGUUCAUAUGAAAGUGUGGACAAACCUAACUGCAUUACGCAGAUGAGGAUCUGUAAGGCUGACUAUGUGUGCAGGUCUCGCCUGGCACAGUUUCAGUAUGACUGCGAACCCUCAGAAACAUCUGCCAGUGGCUGCAAGCAAGGCAACUAUGGAGCAUGUCUCCUCGCCUACACAGGCCUUAUAGGAAGUACGAUAACUCCCAACUAUGCCGACAACUCAACGUCCAACGUGGCCCCGUGGUGCUCCUGCUCCGCAAGUGGGAGCACGAGAGAGGAGUGCGAUCAUUUUCUGGGAUAUUUUACUGACAACAUCUGUCUCAAGAAUGCUCUUGUGAUGUUUGAAAGUGAAACGGACCAGCAGUCAAUCGUCAGGCAGACCAGCAUUCCCAGCCAUGGUAGUGGAGAAACCUGGAACAUCACCUCUCAACCAGAAACUAUGGAAACAAUGAGCAACUUUCUGGAUACAGUAAUACCUACACAGAUCCUUGGAAAUGAACAACUUGUGGGCCUCUCCACCCUGCCCUCUGACAGUCUCCACGACUCAACCUCAUCUCACAACCUUAAGCUCGAAGCUGUCUUCAGCCUCGUAUUAUCACUACUUCAUCUCCUCUACGGACAAUAA